AACUAUUUUCUGACAUUUCGGCACAGCUGCCCAACUUGGCUUCUUCACUAGUAUUUUGUCACUUUUUACUGUACUUUACGCUUGCAUUGGCCCUUCCAGUCCGUUUACAGCCUAUUUCUUUUACCAUACGUUUACCAAAGCCACACCUAUUGCUUACAGCACGCCCCAGUGCCGACAUGCCGAUGCGCAACCCAUUUGCCCGCCGUCCUGGUGUCGUCAUUCCCACCGGCGCCGCCGACCAGAGCCAGACUUCGCCGCAUCCUGGUUUUGAACGUGUCGAUACGGUUGGCUCAAAGGCAUCCUCUAUUCUAAGCAUUCGCUCCAAUAUAAGCCAUGAUGUAGGAGAGUAUAAGAUGAGCGUCGUCAAUGAUAGUGGUGUUUACUUACCGCCAAACGCUCACCGUCUGACGCAGCCGUCGCCAAAUGAAGAACUUGGACACUGGUCUCGCAAACACUUGUCUUCCCGAGCGUCUAUAGAAACUCGAAGCAGUUUCGGUGAUAUUGAACAUUUUUCUAUAUCCAGAGAGUCGUUUGACUCUUAUCGCCGAUCCUUUGAUGUUUCAGCCCGCUCGCCCGUUCUCUCUCAUGACCCUGUUACUCGCCAAAGCCUUGACUCUAAUCGCUUCCCUCGUCACCGACCAUCAGUGAAGCGCAAUAUUGAGAAACAGCCAGCCACACCAGAAGAAUCUUUCGAGGACAUCAAACUCGAUGAGCCCGCCAUACCAACCAAGAAGAAGGGGUUCUUCGCCAAGUUAGCUGAUACACACGAUAAAGACGGCGCUGCGCCAGCCGUUACACGUUUUCUCGGCCGAAAGCGCGGUCAUAGUGGACAAGGCGCCGAACUUGGUCAUAUUGAACGGCAAGCGACCGCUCCUGCUGAACCCUAGUCAAUUUUGGUCUCUAACUUGUGGUUCACUCAUCCAUCAAAGGACGGCUCCCUCCACCUUGUUUCAUCGAAUCCCUUCGUUCUUUGGGGAUCAUGUCUGGCGUUUCGGUCUGUUUCGGUACAAUACACUUUCGCUUACGAUGUAUAAUGUCUUUUUUUGAUGUUCUGCAAUUUCUAGACAUGCGCAUGGCUGGUUACAGAUGUGCGGUGGCUAUGCUCACUCGCGGGGGUGGCUUUUAACGAUGCAGGCCGCCCCACGCGCGAGAUACAUAAUAUUAAUAAUACGGAUAUAAUGCCUUCAUUUGGUUUGGU